AUUGAGAGCCCCCUCUGUAACUUGUCUUGUUUAUAUAAUACAUUUAUAAAUUACUUUCUGCCUCUCAGUUAAGUCUUACUAAGGUUAAUCGAUAGCUGGGAAAAAUUUAUUAGCAAGAGGGAAUUAUUUCUCAUCCAGUCUUACCUACCCUUUGUAUUCGAGGGAGAGGCUGGAACCGAAAAAAAUCAGGUUCCAUAUUCUCCAUUUGCAAGCAAAGAAAAGAAUGGAAUACUCGAAGAUGUGUUUGAUCCAGGUUGCUCUGAUUAUCUUCUUAAUUGUUGUAUUUGAGAUCUGCCCACAGUUUGCUUUUGCUGGUUCGCCUGUCGAGUACCUUCCUGGAUUUGAAGGACCACUUCCUUUUCAACUUGAAACCGGGUAUAUAGGAGUAGGUGAAGAUGAGGUGCAACUCUUCUACUACUUUAUAAAGUCACAAUCUAAUCCUAAAGCCGAUCCUCUUAUUUAUUGGUUUACGGGAGGUCCCGGUUGCUCUCCGUUAAAUGCCAUUCUGUUUGAACUAGGGCCUGUGGAGUUGGACAUUAGAGCGUAUAAUGGGAGCUUGCCAACGUUAUCUUUAAAUCCGUAUGCAUACACAAAGGUGGCAAACAUGAUUUUUGUAGAUUUGCCAGUAGGGAGUGGAUACUCUUAUGCAACAACACAAAAGGCAAAUCACUCGGAUGAUUUACAAUCAGGUGAUCAUGCUUAUGAAUUUCUUCGUAAGUGGUUAGUUAAGCAUCAAGAAUAUCUCAAUAAUCCUUUCUAUGUUGCUGGAGACUCGUAUAGUGGAAUUACAGUUCCUAUAGUUACUCAAGUGAUAUCAAAUGGUAAUGAUAUGGGAAUCAAGCCAUGGAUCAAUCUUAAGGGAUACAUUCUUGGCAAUCCAGUAACAUUUUCUGGUCAAGAUUAUUAUAAGAUCCCUUUUGCUCAUGGGAUGGGCCUAAUUCCUGACGAACUAUACAAGUCAUUAGUGACCAACUGUGGAGGAGAGUACAAACAUAAUGGUCCAACCAAAUCACUUUGUUCAAGGGACAUGUGUACUUUCGAUUGGUUGAUUAAGGAUAUUUAUCAAUAUCAUAUCCUAGAGUCCCCUUGUGAUCCUGUAUCAUAUGAUUCAAGAAGAUCAUUGAGUGAGAAUGUUCAAAAACUCAAAAGUCCUGCUAAAUACCCUGGAGUAAAAUGUCGAGAAGAAUGGCACGAACUCUCUGUGAUUUGGGCCAAUGAUCAGAAUGUCAGAGAUGCUCUUCAUGUUAGAAAGGGAACUACUGGAGCAUGGGAACGAUGCAGGAGUAACUUGUCUUUUGCAAUAAUUGUUAACAAUACUAUACCAUAUCAUGCAAAUCUUAGCCGUAAAGGCUUCAGGUCUCUUAUUUACAGUGGUGAUCACGACAUGGUUAUACCAUUUAUUUCAACUCAAGCAUGGAUCAAAUCACUAAACUACUCAAUUAGUGAUUAUUGGAAGCCAUGGAUUGUCGAUGGUCAAGUUGCUGGUUACACAAGAAGUUACUCCAACCAAAUGACGUUCGCGACGGUCAAGGGAGCAGGACAUACUGCCCCAGAGUGGAAUCCUGUGGACUGUCUUGCCAUGUUAAAGCGUUGGUUAUCCUAUGUACCACUCCACUCUAAUUAAUUAACUUUCAGAAUAUUUAAUGAGACUCUAGUUAGUUGAUUUUUUGAGUUGAGAAGUUCUUUUUAUAUAGGGUUUUAGUUAUAUAUAUUGAUAGUAUAACGAGUUUUUAUAGCAUCAGCUUAAUUUAAUCAGCUAUAAUAGGUUAUAACUUUAUUUUCCAGGUUGAUAAUAUCAGGUUUGGUAUAUGAAGAAUUACUUGUUAUUGUUAGGCAAUUCAACUUGUUGGUACAAAUAAUUUAUAUGCUGCCAGUGCAAACUUUAAGUUCCUUUUCUA